UGGCAUCAAUUGGCAGGAUUAUUAAGACAUUGCCUAUACCAUCCCAAAUCAUACUUGAUUUCUGCUCAUCAAAUCGAAAAUUACCAAAGUAUAUAGCCGAAAAUAAGUUAACCGGUGAGAAAUAGUAGUUAAUCUUCGGAUCCCAAGUACUACCUUAAAAAAUAUUGUUUUUAUUGUCGACCAACUCUGCUGCUUUCUCGAAGCCUAUGGGAGAAAGUGAAUUAUUCUCACGAGAUGACCAAAGGUGAUAUUCAGUUUUCGUCUGUUCAGUGAUGAAGUGAAUAAGGAUGGACUGUGAUGAGUUCAGACAGUUCGGCAAAUAUGCUGUAGAUUACAUAGCAAACUAUUUGGAUACUAUUCGAGAAAAGCAGGUUGUGUCUGGAGUUGAACCCGGUUAUUUGGAAAGAGGACUACCCAAAGUGAGUCCAGAACAUGGUGAAAACUGGGAAGAAAUUUUCAGCGAUCUGGACAAGCACAUUGUUCCAGGUUUAACACACUGGCAUUCCCCUUCGUUCCAUGCAUACAUGCCAACAGCCAAUUCUUUCGCUGGAAUUGUUGGUGAAAUGAUACUAUCUGGUAUUGGAGGAUGUACGACAACAUGGGAAUCCAAUCCAGCUGCAUACGAGCUGGAGCUAAAGAUGAUGGAUUGGCUGGUGAAGAUGAUGGGCUUGCCAGAGCACUUUCUCAAUUCAUUUGAUGGUUUGGGAGGAGGCUCCAUACAGAAUUCUGCCAGUGAAUCCACUCUGCUUGCCAUACUAACCUCCAAGCAUCGACUUUCGAAGACUUUGGGCGCAGAAUCAUCAGACAAGAAGUUCGUGGCUUACAGUUCCAACCAAUCAAACAGUUCUGUAGAAAAAGCUGGAUUGCUUGCCUCUGUUCCAGUGAGGCUGUUAGAGCCAGAUUCUAAUGGGAGCUUGAGAGGCCACACCCUGCAGAAGGCGAUUGAUGACGAUAGAAAAAAUGGGUUUUAUCCAUGCUGCGUUAUAGCCACUUUCGGAACAACAGGCAUUUGCUCUUUCGAUGACGUUGAAGAAUUAGCUGAUGUGUGCAAGAAAGAAUCUCUUUGGUUGCACGUUGACGCGGCCUAUGCUGGAACAGCCCUUGUUUGUCCAGAAUUCAGACCUCUAAUGAAGGGCAUAGAUAAGGUGGAUUCUUUCAACUUCAAUCCACAUAAAUGGAUGAAGGUGAAUUCAGACUGCUCAGCGCUUUGGUUCAAGGACACUACACACGUCGAAGAUAUGAAUCCAAAAGAUAAUUUUAAGAAAUUGAACCCAGGAAAAAUGCCUAAUAUCCAUUUAUGGCAGAUACCGAAUAGUAGAAGAUUCAGGGCGUUAAAACUGUGGUUCGUUCUUCGUAUCCACGGAGUCCAGGGAUUGCAAGAGCAUGUUAGACACCAAGUGGGUUUAGCCAGCUAUUUUGAGGAUCUAGUUAAUAAUGAUGAAAGGUUCGAAGUAUGUACUUCAAGCUUGGGCGUUUUAACAUUCAGAUUGAAGGGAAGUGACGAUUUGACGAAGGCGUUGCUGGAGAGAAUACAGCUUCAAAAAAAGCUAUUUCUCACACCCUAUCGUCAUAAUGGAAAGUUAUCUAUACGAUUCGUAGUCUGCAGCAGCUUUACUCAAAAACGUGAUAUGAGAAAUUCUUGGAAGAUUAUGCAGACUCAGGCGAAUCUUAUCCUGCAACACAGACAUUGAUUCGUAAUAAUAAAUUUAACUUAUACG